CAGACACUGCUGACAGAGGAGGGAGACCUCAUAGAAACACUAAGUUUACAAACACUAUCUAUAAUAUCUUUAUAUUUCUUUUCAUCCUAAAAGACUGUAUCAUUCAUCUUAAAGAGUGAAGAAUCAUGUCUAAAAUAAAAAACAAUGAGGGGAAUGUGUUGAAGCGUGUCAUAAAUCUGCCAGUUGUAAGCUCAGCGUUACAGCAGGCUUCUACCAUCUACAUGGGUGUGAAGGGUCGCUAUCCUUUGCUCGGGUUUGUGGGGGGUGUAGCAGAGCUGGGUGUCCUCAGUGCAUCUACAGCAGCCAUGCAACGAGCAGCGCCUUACCUACAGAACCUCGAAUCUGAAAUUGAGGCAGUUAACAGCUUAGCACUGUUGGGUUUGGAGCAACUAGAAAAGCUUUUCCCUAUCAUCCUGCAUCCCACAGAUGAGGUGGUUGCUAACCUAAAGGACGCAUUCUUCUCGAGACUUGAUGAUGCGCAGUCUCGUGUAAAUGAUGAGCUGGACAGAGUCGUGGACAGAUGGGAAAGCCUGCAGGAGCUCAGCUCGCGCCUCCUAGCGGUAGCUAGAGAAUCGGCAGCCUGUAGAGUUGUUACCGCUGCCCUGGAUGAACUCAUCACCCAAUCAGAGACGGCAUUGGCUUAUUAUCUGCCUCUGCCACCUACACUACAUCAUGAGUGGGAGAUACGUGUGCAGGAGUACGAAGAUGAGGAUGAUAAUGAAGAAGAUGAAGAGCCUCAGAUGUGGACGCGGGUCCGCAGCCUGUUGUUGUGUCUGUACCUUCAGCUGUACCACAGACUCAUGAAUCUUAGAGAACGGGUGGAUAGCGUUCUGCAGACGCUGGGGGCAGCUGCUGAAACGGUGGGUCUAACGCAGUUGAUGGAGAUGGUGGCAUCUCUGCUGCAGCUGCUUCUGACGUUUUACGUAUCUCGAAUGCUUCACGCAGAGGAACAGCGCUCAUUUCUCAUGGCCCGGCUUGCCUCAGGUAUACAGGCGCUGAAGGGUCUGACACCGUUACGGCAGAUACUGGCUUUACCUACUCAGGUCCGCACCCUCAUGGAUGACUUGCUGGAACUGGGACAGAUACUUAUACAGCUACUCAUCAACACCACCCCGCUCUAUGACCUGGUGAAAAAGGUGUCCGAUCUCGAUGCAACAAACAACCCAAUUCCAGAUGACCUUCCUGAAAGUUCACCCACCCGUACUUCUGCAAACAACCUCUUCCUCAAGGCUAUGGAUGGUCUUCCACGUCACCGCAGAAGCCUUUAUGCCCGUUCUCGUCGUGGGUCUGCAAGCGGGCCUCCAACCAGCCCGGUUCUCUCCCCCGUUCCUAUGGCAUUCCCGGCUAAUGGCCGUAAGGGUAGUUUGAAUAAAGACGGCCAGUCUUCAGGUCCUGCAGAAUGUGACACACUGCCUGUGCCCACUACUGAUAUGAUCUAUCGGCGUUCCUCGGCUACCGAGGUUCUGCUAGCUCCCAUCAUGCAGUUAGUAACACAGAGCCAAUGUGCAUUUGAGAUUUUGAGUUCUUCCUCUUCAUCUGAGGAGCAGAUCAUACCUGUGGUGGAAACCACAGAACAUUAAGUGUUAUUCUUCUUAAAUUUAACACCUUAAUGUACUCUUGGAUAAUGUGUAUACGGAUCAAAUGUAGUCGCAGAUAAGCAGAUAGUCUGACAAACAUCUUCAAAGACCUCUAUACCCCCCUUUUUAAUAUAAGCUUGCUGUUAUUAAAUUAGACCAAAUAAAAGAAUUUCUGUUCCAUAGCUUAACAAUAAAAAAUGAUGCAUAUAUAUCUUUUAUAUACUGUGAGCAUUUUUUGUUUGUUUGUUAAUAGACUGGUGUCAAGAAAUGGAUGAAAGACAAACAAAGAAAGGAGACAGCUGAAAAUAAACUUUCAAAUGUAAAUAAAAAU